CUGCUGCGUGGUGCAUUCUGGGAGAUGUAGUUUGCGGGGCUGCUUGAGCGGCAUGUGUGCUUGAGAGGCCGCGGCGGGUAACCAACCGGUCUAUUUGAGGGGCCUGAUAACGAUGGACUGAGCGGUGACAGGUUCUGCUAAGCUUCACCGUUGAAAGGAAUGGAGGCUCCCUGGCGUCAAGGUGGCAGAGGCAGAGCCAGAGGCCGUGGCACAUCUGUCAAUGGCCCUUCCCAGGCUCCGGGUCAAGUACCAGCAACUGGAAGAAAUGUACCAUUCCCGAGAGGAGUCCAGUCCGACGGAAACAGUGCCAACAGGCUUGGUGCUGGAAGAGGAAAUUCCUCAUAUGCUUCAGCUGCUAAGCCAUUCGGUGCUCAGGAUAUGAAAAGUGAAACCAAUGCUGAGACAAAUAAAAAGAAAUUUGAGGAAAUCCAGAAAGCUAACCAGGCGAUGGUUAGGAAGCUUGCAGAGGAUCACUAUAGUUCUUCAGAUGAUGAAGACGGAGAUGAAGAUACAGAAGGAAAACAAAAGGAGAUACUGACUUUAACAUUUACAACCUACACAAAUCAAACAGAUGGGGAUGCGAGUGAAUUAGCACGCACCAAGCAGUAUAUGAAUGAGGCCUUUCAGACAGGAGCCCUAACGUGCUUGAUUUGCAUUGCUUCAGUCAAGAGGAAUCAAGCGGUCUGGAGUUGCUGUGGCUGUUUCUGCAUUUUUCACAUGCCGUGCAUCCAGAAGUGGGCCAAGGACAGUAUAUUCCUUGCGUCUUCUCCGCUUGCAGAUGAUGCCUUUGAAAAGAGAGAUUAUCCUUGGCCUUGUCCCAAGUGCCGGUAUGAAUAUAAGCGUUCUGAGACUCCCAAUAGGUAUUACUGUUAUUGCGGAAAAGUGGAGGACCCGCCGUUAGACCCCUGGCUCGUCCCUCAUUCGUGUGGCCAAGUUUGUGAAAGAGAAUUUAAGCCGCCUUGUGGUCACAAAUGUUUACUUUUAUGCCAUCCAGGUCCGUGUCCUCCCUGCCCCAAAAUGGUUUCUACAACGUGUUUUUGUAAGAAGGCAAAGCCAGUUCCUCGCAGAUGCAGCACCAAAGAAUGGUCUUGCCAACAGCCAUGUGGAAGGAUGCUCCUCUGCGGUCAACAUAGGUGUGAAAACCCCUGUCACAAAGGAGACUGCCAGCCAUGCCCAAGAGUUAGCAAACAGAAAUGUCUCUGUGGAAGAAAGACAACCGAAAGGCUUUGCGCCAGUCCCUCCUGGCAAUGCGACCAGGUUUGCGGUAAAACAUUACCGUGUAGUAACCACACCUGUGAGCAGGUUUGCCACGCUGGAUCGUGUGGACAGUGCCCUCGGUCAGGGAAUCGCUUGUGUCCCUGUGGAAAAUCAAAAUACACUUUGCCGUGUACCGAAGAUGUCCCUACAUGUGGGGAUAACUGUGACCGAGUUCUGGAGUGUGGAAUACACAAGUGCUCCCAGCGCUGUCACCGCGGACCCUGCGAAACCUGCAGACAGGAAGUUGAAAAGCAGUGCCGCUGUGGAAAACACUCAAAACGAAUGCCUUGUCAUAAGCCUUACCUGUGCGAAACCAAAUGUGCCAAGACGCGGGAUUGCCAGAGACAUCAGUGCAAGAGAAAAUGUUGUCCUGGAAAUUGUCCUCCAUGUGACCAGCAGUGCGGCCGUUCCUUAGGUUGUCGUAAUCACAAGUGUCCCUCCGUAUGUCACAGAGGCAGCUGCUACCCUUGUCCUGAGACAGUUGACGUGAAGUGCAAUUGUGGAAAAUCCAUAUUGACUGUUCCGUGUGGCAGAGAACGCAGCACUAAGCCGCCACGGUGCAAAGAGCUUUGCGGACAACCGUCUACCUGCCAUCACGAGGUUAGAGAAACUCACAGAUGUCACUUUGGCCCCUGUCCUCCAUGUCGACAGAUCUGCAAGAAGGCUUUGAAUAAGUGCGGUCAUUUCUGUCCCACUCCUUGCCACGAUGAAGCCAUUGUGAAGCAGACUGGCCUGCCUCAACUGGCCGGUCCAUGGGAGCAACCCUGUGAGCCGGCCUUUAUUCAGAAAGCCUUACCCUGCCCUCCAUGCAAGGUUCCUAUACCCAUGGAGUGUUUGGGGAAGCAUGAGGUAAGCCCUCUGCCAUGCCAUUCUGCUGGCCCGUUCUCCUGUAGAAGACCAUGCGGAAGGCAGCUUGCAUGUGGCAAUCACACUUGCUCGAAAGAAUGUCACAAAGUCACAGACGUUACUGGCAGCAGACAAAAGUGUGGUCCUGAAUGUUUGGCUUGUGAAGAAGAAUGCACCAAACCUCGCCCAGCAGGAUGUCCCCAUCACUGUAAUUUACCCUGUCACCCAGGAGAUUGCCCUCCAUGCGUUCAAAUGAUCAGGACUAAAUGCCACUGCAAGAUCAUCAGUCUUUAUAUCGAAUGCAGAAAAAUGACGCUGGCUGACACAAAUGAAAAGAAUAUUUUGACUUCAUGCAAAAAUCAAUGCCCAAAAGAGUUGCCAUGUGGCCACAGAUGCAAGGAAAUUUGCCACCAAGGGAAUUGCUCCACCAAUUGUGUUCAGAAAGUUAAACUCCGAUGUCCUUGCAGGAGAAUUAAAAAGGAGCUGCCUUGUAACGCCGUGCGUGAAGGCCACGUUUCCAUAGAAUGUGAUUCAUUGUGCGUGGAACUGAAGAAGAAAGCAGUAGAGCUGAAGGCAGAAGAAGAGAGAGCGGCUAUUGAGGAAGAAAAACGCCGGCAGCAGGCCGAACUUGAGGCAUUUGAAAACAGGCUGAAGGGAAAGCGUAAGAAGAACAAGAGAAGGGAAGAAGUGGAAGUUCAACCUUCUUCAUGGCAGAAAUAUAAGAAAUAUAUACUAAUGCCUGUUUGUGGAGUGGCACUCGCCAUUUUCACUCUGUAUCUCGCCCAAGUCAAUGGAUGAAAUGUUUAAGCAAAUUAAUAUAUGCAUUAUCAGUACAUUGUAACUUAAAUGAAAAUGAGAGGCUUUCUACUGUACUGUAAAAGAACUGUAUUCUUUUGGUAGAUUCAUUAGUGCUACGUAAAGUAUAAAAUAAA